ACUCUCUCUCGCGCGCGCGCGCCGCACCACUUAAAACUCGCGCAUUUCUUCCUCUGCUGUACUUCUCACUGUUUGAGUGCGUGAGUGAUGUCGAUGUCGAAGUCGAAGCCGAGGCUCGCGUGUGUCGUGUGCUUGGCGCUCGUGUGCGCGGCGGCGCUCAUCAGCGUGUGCGCGCUGCUGCUCGUGCGGAUGCACCGGGGCUGCGAGGAGAACGGAAAGUUUUUGCACGCUGCCGUCGCCGCUGACUCUCUCACGUGCUCUGACAUCGGCAGGGAUAUUCUGUUAGAAGGCGGCUCGGCAGUAGACGCUGCUAUUUCUGCGCUGCUAUGUACAUCACUAAUUAAUCCUCAGAGCAUGGGAAUUGGAGGAGGCUCCAUCUUCACCAUCAUGAACAAAGACGGUGGUGUGAGCGUGAUCAACUCAAGAGAAACGGUCCCUAAAAGCUUCCCACCAAACCUGCUGGACAAAUGUCCCACUUCCAUAACAUUAGGUCAAAUCGGUGCACAGUGGAUUGGUGUUCCAGGUGAGCUGCGUGGUUAUCAAUAUGCUCACUCCAGGUUUGGUAAACUGCCUUGGGCUCGACUGUUCCAGCCCAGCAUUAAACUGGCCAGAAAAGGCUUUCCUGUUCCCGAGUACUUAGGCAAUCUUCUCAAACACCCAAUCAUCACUAAACUGGUGCAGAGCACGUCAUUGUGUCAAGCAUUUUGCCGCGAGAAUAAAACCAUGAUCGGUCCAGGCGAUACACUACGGUACCCAAAACUUGCUGACACUCUGGAAAUGAUUGCGGAAAAGGGGCCCGACGCUUUUUAUACAGGCAAAAUCGCAGAAGACUUAAUCCAGGAUGUGAAGGCAGAAGGUGGAUCAUUGUCAUUAGAGGAUCUAAGCUCUUUUAAGGUGAGGUUCGAUGAAGCGUUAUCGGUUCCGCUGGGCGAUUUUACGAUGCAUUUCCCUCCGCCGCCAUUUGGAGGCACUCUACUCAGCUUCAUCCUCAAUGUCAUGCAGGGUUUUGGACUGUCUCCACCAUCCGUGAAGGGUGAGGAGAGAAAACUGACACUUCAUAGAUACAUAGAAACACUAAAGUUCGCAAACGGACAGAAGAAGAAUAUCAGAGACCCGCUGCACAGCCAGUACAGAGCAGACCAUCUGAUGGAUACAGGCUUUGCUGAUCACAUCAGGUCGAUGAUCAGCAGCAGUGGUACACACCCAAUUUCUUACUACAAUGUCACCCCCUCCACCGAUCGAUUUGGGACAACGCAUGUUUCCGUUCUAGCUAGUGAUGGCUCAGCAGUUUCUGUCACUAGCACCAUCAAUCACAUUUUUGGAUCAGGUAUCUAUUCUCCUAAAACGGGGAUCAUACUGAACAACGAGGUGGCGGAUUUCUGUGGAAGAGCUGAUUCUGUCUCUGCAGGUGAACAGCCACCAUCCUCCAUGUCACCGGUUAUUAUCCACUCAAAGCACAGAGAGAAAGUUUUAGUUAUCGGAGGAUCUGGAGGGAGUCAGAUUAUCACCGGCAUUGCCACGGCAAUAAUGAACAAACUGUGGCUUGGGAUGAACCUGGAAGAUGCCAUCAAUGACAAAGUGGUUUUUGUCAGCUCAGAUAAUUCAGUGUUGGUAGAGCGGGGGUUUAAUGAGUCGAUGAAGAAAGCCAUGCAGUCUUUCGGACAUGACGUAAAAUAUAACCAAUUUUCCUUCAAUGUUGUGAAUGGCAUAAUGAAAGAGCACGGCUGCAUCACCGCUGUCUCUGACGGUAGGAAAAAAGGAGAAGCAUCAGGCUACUGAUCACACUGGAGCAGAUUCAACUCACAUC